UCCGUGCUGGUGCGCCUGAUCCCGGCUCCCCGUGGCACUGGGAUCGUGUCUGCCCCUGUCCCCAAGAAGCUGCUGAUGAUGGCCGGCAUCGAUGACUGCUACACGUCAGCGCGGGGCUGCACGGCCACCCUUGGCAACUUCGCUAAAGCCACCUUCGAUGCCAUCUCCAAAACCUACAGCUACCUGACUCCUGACCUCUGGAAAGAGACUGUCUUCACCAAGUCUCCCUACCAGGAGUUCACUGAUCAUCUGGCCAAGACCCACACCAGAGUGUCAGUGCAGAGGACCCAGGCAGCCGCUGUGGCCACCACCUAAGGGCUUUUGUAGGACAAUAAAGAGAUCAGAGAACCAGGAA